AUGGGACGAGACAAAGCGCACAAGCCCGAGGGCGGCAGGAGUUUCUUGUCGCGCAAGUCUGUCAGGAAGGCUGCGGAGCCGGCCAUCGAUGCCCCUCCAUCUGAAAAUCCCUCUUUAACUCCUACAGAAUCGCGAACCAGCAGCGCAAAGGACAGAGACGCACCAGGCGAUGAGCACAGUCAACUUCGCAACUUCUUUACGCUGCCGGCGACAUCUCUUAUUCCCGACCCUCUCGCUGAGCUUCCGCCAUGGUUCCAUACCGAUACCGACGGCUGGGCGGCGGCCAACUCUCCUGGGUCACUCAGGUCUAGAUAUCCCAUGCAUAAUUCCGCUGGUCCACGCUGGUACCGCAAUUACCAUCUACUUCCUCCGCAAGAGAAUUCGCCUCCGUCGCAAUUCUCACCGUCUUUUCCACCCAUGCCCUCCGCCGCAGAACGAUCUCAGGAAUCCACUCGAGUACCUACCAUGAGCAGAACACCUUCUGGAUCUCCGUCUCCAACACCGAAUUCUUCUCAGCUUAAGAUAACGGACCCAGGUGGGCGCGUUCGAACUCGAAAGAUAUCUCAAACAGAUAACGUCGACAUGCUCGACGUGACGGAUCCUACAGGCACUAAUUGGCACCAUGAGUCUCCCUAUGAUGUGGGAUUGCGCAAUGAUGCUGAGAACCCUACGGAGCCUCGCGCGCGUAGGAUGAGUCUUAAUGCGGGUGGCGGUCGCCAUAAAACCGUCACACCAUCUCCGCUAUCUCAGUCAACCUCUGCGCUACAUCUUCACACCACGGAGCCUGCUUCAUCCAACCUUUCUCGACGGUUCAGCAAACGUCGCAAACCAUUCGUCGGGUUAUUUGGUAGCCAAAGUCAAGACAACGUUCACUUGCAUCCUAAGUCGCCAUCAGCACCUUCGGAGCCCGUGCGGGCGCACAGGCUUGACGAUUCUACCCAACGGAAAAUGUUUCGGCGUAGGUCUACCGUGGAUCCACCAGUGGCGUUUGCAUCUGUCACUUCUUUGCACCCAGGGUCUGCGCAGAAGGAUAAACAUAGCAGCUUUAUGGGCCGUCUCGCUAAGCGUUUCAGUGUUUUGCGAAAGCCGGAUCUGGCUAAGCAUUCUAGCAACAUCCUUGUCAGCCCUACAUCCGGCGGCGACUUUAGCGAAGAUUUGGGACCAUCGUCUGCGAGCGUCAAGUCACCUAACUCGGCUGCGCGCUCGCUAAUGAAUGGUGCCAAAAGCCCUGAUUCGUCAAAAAGGAUUCCGCCUCCGUCUGUCGAUGACGAAUCUCUCGCUCAUACUGUCAAUGACACCACAGCGGGCCUAGAACGAGCUUCGACAGCUACAUCAGUGGAGGAUUCGUCAGCACUGGGCAAGUUGACAAUCACAAAUCCAGACGGCCCUGGCUCUGCUGACCGGUCUCCUGCUGAGGUGCAGAGUCCAUUGCCCAAUGUAAACGCCGUGACUGAGCCGGUCAAGCUUGAAAGUCAACUUCUUUCUGCUGAAGAUGCUCAGCCUACACCGGAGCUUUCUGCCUCGAUGUCGCCUGUAAUGUCUGGAGCACCCGUUUUGCCCCCUGUGGAUACAUCGGUGGAGGGUCAGACGUCCCUUUUCGACUCUAAUGUGUCGCUGUCGUCCCCAAGAAGGCCGUUUAAUCACUCGUUGCCUCCUACGCCGGCGACUGAGCGACCACUCUCGCUGUUCACGGAGCAGCCCACCAUCCUAUCCUCUCCACAAACACAUAACUUGGAUAUGGGAUCUUAUGCUGCAUCUGCAUCUGGGCUGACUGCGUAUGCUCCUUCUGCCGUAUCGGGGACUGCGGAUGACCCCACACUUGCGAGAGCGUCGAUUUUGGUCAACCCACCUACCCCUCAUGUCGCACCCAUGGUCAUGUUUCCGACGAAGGCGACGACUACGCCUGUCGUUUCUCAUGAGAGCCACAAACAUCGUGAGGGAUCUCCCUCCAAAGCGAAGGAAGGCGCCCAUGUAAAGUCACCAAGCACGACGAGACGUAGGGAGACUGAAACGUUCAAAUUAGUCCGCAGUUCCUCUGGGAAUGCGCCCUCCAACGGCGAUGUCAUUGUGGGAAUGGGUGAGCAGUGGGAGGUUGUCGAGUCUCCGUCAGAGCUAUUCCCAAAGAAGAGCAAAAAAACGGUGCGAUCGAACUCGAAAGAGGACGGAAACCCUACUGCUGUUCCGGAUAGCAGAAGACAGGAGCCUAGUGGUGGCUCUGAGGAACGUGACCACCGUCAACAUCGGAGACAGCGCUCUGCGAAUGAACGUGCAGCCGUCGAGCAGACCAGUUCCACGAGCAGAUCCACGCGAACUCCCAGCGUGGAUACUGUUCGGCGUGCUUAUGGUCACGAUGGCCAGUCACGUACUAGCCAGAGACGGGAACAUGAGCCAGAGGCGAGUCAUAGCUCCAAGACAACUCCAUAUCGUCGCCACGACAGGCAGACUUCAGCGUCCGGUCGGCCUACAUCAUAUCUGCAAUCCUCUGCAGAUAUGAACACUCUCAAAGCUAAGGAAGCCUGGGAAAUGGAGAGACUUUGGAAAGCGAGGAGCAUGACUUAUGGGCCGGACGGCGUUGCAGUUUUUCCCACUCCUCCGACGAUUCGAGAUGGCUCGCGUCCCUCGACAUUCAUGAGCGGUGAUGUACGUGCUGCAGGCACUAUUCCGAGUGUCACGGAUUUGCACAGGGCAACGACGCUACCUGCCCCCGCACAUGGUUCAAGUCAUACGUACUUCAUGGUCCAGGCUCCCGUACAAGGCCAUGCGCCUGUUCCCCCUCCUCCGAUUAUUUAUUCGUCUGUACCAUAUGCCCAGCAGUCUAACAACUCAGCGGCGCCUCGCCAGAGGCAAGUUUCUCGAUCUCUCUCGGAUCGCGUCCCUUUUCCUGUUCCCGAUACUCAUGUCGACCCUCCUUCAGCGUCCCGUACAUAUCUCGCUAACCCAUUACCCGACCCUCCUCGCCUAACGACUUUCCAAGGAUCUUCAUUGCCGCAUUCUCUCGCCACUGCUGGCAGCGGGUCUUCGCAGUACCGACCGCAGUAUGCAGCUGUACCUUCAAGAUACUGA